AGCUGGGAGGAGGCUCCGGCGCGGACCUCCGAGAUCCCUGCUCCAGCCGGAGAGCCAGCCUCGUCCCUGAGGCCCGCCGAGGCUCGGGAGCCCUCAGCCACCGGGCAAGAGGCCUCAGGCCCCGCCAUGGGGAAGACCAACAGCAAGCUGGCCCCCGAGGUGUUGGAAGACCUGGUUCAGAACACGGAGUUCAGCGAGCAAGAGCUGAAGCAGUGGUACAAGGGCUUCCUGAAGGACUGCCCCAGCGGCAUCCUCAACCUGGAGGAAUUCCAGCAGCUCUACAUCAAGUUCUUCCCCUACGGCGACGCCUCCAAGUUCGCGCAACACGCUUUCCGCACCUUCGACAAAAACGGCGACGGCACCAUCGACUUCCGGGAAUUCAUCUGCGCCCUUUCGGUCACCUCCCGGGGGAGCUUCGAGCAGAAACUCAACUGGGCCUUUGAGAUGUAUGACCUGGACGGCGACGGGCGCAUCACCCGCCUGGAGAUGCUUGAGAUCAUCGAGGCUAUCUACAAGAUGGUGGGAACCGUGAUCAUGAUGCGCAUGAACCAGGAUGGGCUCACACCCCAGCAGCGUGUGGACAAGAUCUUCAAGAAGAUGGAUCAGGACAAGGAUGACCAAAUUACCCUGGAAGAGUUCAAGGAGGCGGCUAAGAGUGACCCGUCCAUCGUGCUGCUGCUACAGUGUGACAUGCAGAAGUAG